CAAACGUCAAGAAUACAGAACUCGUUUCGACGAAGAGGAAUCGAUUUCCUCCUGUAGAACGAUUCUCCGUUUCCCCCAAACCGUGACAACGAUCCAAACCGGCGGCUUCGUUGCAAUGUCGGUCCCGCAAGACUUCCUCUCUGUCAGCAUGGGCACUGUGCCCUCUUACUUCAUCUACCGGGAUGUCGCUCCUGGCGAACCCUUCGACCCGACUUCUUCUCCCAAAUUCUACCCUGCAAAGGACUCCGACGAACUUUUCGACGCUCUGAGAGCCAAGUACCCGCAUGUCCCGAACCACGCCGAUCGGAUGCGCGAUGCCAUGAUCGAUUUCCUGCUCGAAGAGCGGGCUGCUGGAUCAUAUCAAACAUCUCCCGCCCUGACCAUCGACCCAAGCACUGUUAGCUGGACGUCGGCCUCUUCCGAAACCAUGUCAUCAUUUUACAACAGCCCCGAUCAGUUCGCUAUGCUGACUCCGGCCUCCUUUGACCAAUCACCGCUGCCCGAGGCGCCUGUUGCAGACCGAUCCGCCUCCGUCUCAGGCCCGGCCGACAGGAGCCCUCCUUCUCUCAAUGCAAUGACUGGAGUUUUCAGCAUCACUGCCGGCACGCAGCCUAAGCAACGGACACGACGAAAGAUGACCGAAGCCGAGAAGAUCGACUACCGAAAUCGACGCAUCGCCAAGGCUUGCGAUAAAUGUGCAAAACGCAAGCGCAAGUGCCACCAUGGCCAGAAUGCUGAGGUCCCCGCUACCGCGGCAGUAGCAUCCUGCCGCAAGGUACUCAAGUCUCCACGACAGGGAGGCAAUAAGUCAAAAUCGGCGUCUACCAUACAGCUAGUUCCAUCCAUGCUCGCAGAUCAGACUUCACUGUUUGGAUUCGGAGAUCUUGAAAUGGCAGAUCUGCUCGACAUGAACGGACUAGACAACUUUGGUCUUGAAGUCAAGCCGGACGACUUUGUGUUCGACGCCUUUGUGCACACUUCUCACUUUGCAAACUUUGGAGACCAGAACCUGCAGGCUGUCAACAAUAGCGCAGACAUCUCCUUGCAAAACCUUGCACCCCAUCGUCUUCGUGCAUCUAGCACCAUGGUGGAAGACUUCGAGCUGUACAGCCCCGCUAGCAAUUCAGGCGGCGAAGACGGAUGGACAACUUGCACGAACCCGACCACACUCAACUUUGGAUCACUGGACGGUGGACAACAGUUCGCUGCCCAGACUUCAUCCUCUCACCAUUCACGACAAAUAAACCAAUUUGCUUUACAAAGCGCGUCACUUCAAUCGACAACACAAGCCACAAAUGGCGCCGAUAGUAUAGGCCCAUUCCACGCGCAUCAACCACAAGCUGCACCUGCGGAACUCUCGAGCGCACGCGGGUGCCCUCGAUUAGGGAACAAUUCACUACAAACCGCCGCACCCAACGAUGAUGCUGUUGUGGCUAUGAGAACCAAUGAUCAGCAGAUCAUGGAUCCACCUCUGCCACAUGGUACACAAGGACAUGGAAUUUUUGCCAUAGACCAGAAGGCUCACAACAAAGGCGUCUGCGCCACGUUCGAUGCCCAUGGUCUACUGAAAUCGUCAGACAUACCCGCGCUACGCCCAGAUCACACGAUGAAUCGCGCGCGCACUGUCGGCCGUUCUGCGACGCAAGAAGUCUCCGGCAUGCAAGCAUUCACUGUACCCGCAGUCAAUGCGUACGAGCCUUCGGGCUUAGAGCAUCGCGCACACCAAGUACCAUCCCUUGAUGCUGCCGUCCACGCUUAUGCUGACCUUCAACACCACAUGGUGCCAUUCCAGCGAAGUCGGACAGUAGUAAACGAGAAUGUCGAUACGAACACGCUCUCCAGUCCAGGAUCAGGCCACAUUCAUGCUGCUAAUUCAGCGAGAGUCGCCGCUUUGGGUGCUCAUGCAUCCAGGGCGUUGAUAACCUCGUAUGGCUCGUGCAUACAGCCAUCAUACCUUCAACUUGGUGAAAUUGCAACAAGCCACACGAGCGUUUCAUCGAGCACAUCGCACCUUUCCUGGACCCAAUCCCAGCAGCAAGAUAGCCACGAGCCAGUUGUCAAUGCUGCUGACUGCCGAUCGAGCUAUGAGAGGCAAACCACUUCAGCAGCCGGUCAAGCGAUUCUUACAUCCCACGAUGACCGAGUCACGAGUGGAUCGGGAAUACAAUCACAGCGACAAGAUGAGAAGAACGGAUCUGUGGUCUCUGCUUUACUCUCGCCUCAAAGCGUCAGCUUGAUCUCCUGCGUCCUGAUCUCACUCUUGAUCCUAUCGAUGCUCUGCCUCGACAAACACUUGGUCAUGCUGCUUGUGUUCGCUUCGAUCAGCCACGUUGAAACCUUCGACAAACUGGCGACAUCACCAGACAACAUCUCGCAUAUCAAAGAGAAACACACAGUGCCGUUCCCCAAAGACUGCGCAUCGCGCCCGUCGAUUUGGACUCGUCCUGAAUUGAUAGUGUGUCGUUUUCGAACGCAUGAGGUGAACGGUCAGUUUGCGGAUAAAAAGAGUUUUCCCCUUGUGGAAAGAUGUGUCCGAGGACUUCCCUUUCGUCACACGCCGUCGUUAUUUAGUAUUUUGAGUGGAUGAGGUUUGGCAGCAUUUGAGAUAGCAUUUCCUUCCCGUCUCCAAAAAGUACCAAAUGUUUUUUUUUCAAUCAACCAUUACGUCUUCCUCCUUGCUUAUAUGCAUGCAUGUGCGUCAUAAUGCCGAUCGACCUGCG